UCGGCCAUGUGGCAUUUAAGCAACCCGGAGCCUCAUUCCACCGCUCGUUACACCCUCCGUUCGCGUCCUUGGAAUUGAAUCCUCCUUUAGCUGUGGGGAGUUCUCCGUACUCCCGAUUUAAAGGCUCGCCAUACAAAUCCAGAUUACUCGGACAGCUAACUAUACGCACCAUUGUACGCACCUGCGAAGACUCCCAGGGUGCCUGUUCCGCGCGUCGUCAUCUCCGGAGAAUUCCACACCGCGAGAGACCCUCGUACCUGUCCUCAACAUUUCGUCGCCCAACAUGGCGCCCGACCCUGAACCGCCAGACGCGCAACCCGAUGCGCCAGCUCCCUCUGAAAUAGAGACGCUCGAACUAUUCCGUCGCUCUCCGCAUCCCUAUCAUCGCCGACAGCACGACUUGCGCAACCUUCAGGCGUCCACCGAAUCCUCCAGCAACGAUUUCUCCCGAACGAGACUGCAGCCCUCGAACCGCACAAUAUCAGAUGAAGAUGGCAGGAAGCGCAGAAAAGUGACCCCGUCACCUAGCGAAAGCGGCACCGAAGCCGAUGAUGAGGGAUAUAGCUUCGUGAAGGCCCUCCCUGCGCCUCCCCUCCGGCCGCACAAAGGACUGCGUGACGUAAGGGGCACGGGAUUGAAUGGCGAAACGAGCCCCCUUCUGACGCCUUCCCAGGUAGACGAAGAAGGGCGCAAGUUUGCCGCGGGAUACUUCCGAGUGAGGAAAGAAGGCUCCCGCAGCGGAGAACCAUCGCCAACGGACGAGGAGGCUAAAGCGGCUAGGCAGAAGUACUUGAAGAGACGGCGCAAUGAGUUGAUUAGAAGGACGACCGAGACGGCAUUGCUCGCAGCAAUAAGUAUACUGGCUAUUUGUGGGUGCGGUUGCUGGGAGAUGCUACUACAAUGGCAUAGAGCAGAAUUGCUCGCGCAUGCCUGUAUCAUGAUCGGAGUGCUGGGCUUAUAUCCCCUGAGGCUUCUCUACUACUCUUGGAGCAGAGAGCCUCCAUCAAACCUCCGAUUCAGGCAACGGCUACGGAUACCAGCAGCAUUCGACCCAGCACCAAUAUUGUACCCGGCCGUCAUACCUGUACUAAUUUCCAUUUCUCUUUUCGCGACCUUUCAAAAGCCUUUGCUGCCUAAUAUACUUCUUGGAUUGGCCGCAUUACCAUCUGGAUUGGUCCCUUACGGGAACUCGCCCCUCGGCCAUUCGACGAUUCAUUGGCUUAUUUCCAUACUACCAUUAAUUGCGUCCGAGAAUACGGAUCCACCCUCAAAAGUAUUGGCACCGACGCCGUACAAGCUCAAGCCACCGCCGUCGGACAAGGGACUGCAUCCUGAAAUGCUAGCUAGCCUCUUUCCCCUCCAUCAGGCACUCCUUCCACCACUCCACUACCUGACCACUACGAGCCUGCUCCCUGCAGAGCUCCAUCUCCUCUCCAUAGGUUUGGUCAACCUUCUUCUAUUUGCAGAAUCGCCGCAAGGAGGAAUUCUUGAGACUGUUCUUUGGCUCGGCGGAGUAGGCCUCUUCGCGCUUUGCGGAAAGGUAUUGAAGUGGGGAGUGGCGCUAGCACGCAUUCCGCGUUGGAGAUUCCGACGGGCCGGCCAGAUCAUCAAAGCACGGCAAUCAUUCUUGCAGAUCCUGAAUGACAGCUUAAAGCCGCCCAGAUCGCGUAGCGCUGCCAGAGCUAUCUCUGACAGCGAUGCAGACGAAGACGACUACCUCAUCAAGCAGCCGUUGAAGAAGUCUAAGACCUUGAAGCUCAAUAUCAUGGAGUCGAUACAGCACAACCCAAUUAUGGCGAACGGAGCGGAAUCACGGUCAGCGAUUGAACCGAAGAAGACAGGGUUCGAAGAAACCGAGCACACGGCAGACGCAGCGGCAGGACCCAAAAGACGCAACACUCUUCCAAGUUUCCCUUCAGAAGACCACGUCGCUCACCAGCAUCAUUCACACCGGCGACGCGCUAAGUCAAUAGCUCAGUCUUUCCUCUCUCUUACGCCUACGCAGGCGGCUAUCAGGAAAUGGGUCUACGCUGGAUACUUUUACCUAGUAGUAGUAGCGAUGAUUCUUGGACCUAUCCGCUACGUUAUUGGAAAAUACGCUCUCCGCCACCACGAGCCCUUUGGCUGGGCAAUCGGCUAUCUAUUCGGUAAUUUUCAGCCCCUUCGCUUUGAAGUCUUCAAUUGGGAUCUAGGCUGGUGGGUUGCCCUUCCGCCAAUGCAGGACAAGGAGAACAUGGAAUGGGCUCAGCAGCUUAGUAUUGCCGAACAUCUCCGACGUGUCGUAGUCGGAGAAGCGAACGUGCGCCUGCUCCUUUGUGCAUACUUCGCCGGUAUUGUGGCAGCCGGCCUUCUUGUGGUCUUCCAGCUCUCCUCUGUAGUAGAAGUGGAUACCCGGCGCAAGGUCUUCCAUGGCAUGAUGGUCGCCAUGCUCCUACCUACGGUCUUUAUCGACCCGUGCUUUAUCUCCCUCGCCCUCGCUCUAGUCUUGGCUGUCUUCCUUCUCCUCGACCUUAUCCGCGCAUCGCAACUUCCACCCCUCUCCGGACCUAUCGCUAGCUUUCUCACGCCAUACGUCGACGGCCGGGAUCUCCGAGGUCCGGUUGUUGUAUCUCACAUCUUCCUCCUCAUUGGAUGCGCAAUCCCGCUCUGGCUCUCCCUUGCAGGUGUCGAAAGAGUUGGCGAGGAACCUUGGCAAGGUUGGGAAGUGAAGACCCGCGACGUCAGUAUGGUCGCAGGCGUGGUCUGCGUCGGCAUGGGCGAUGCCGCAGCCUCUCUCAUCGGCCGCCGUUACGGACGGCGGAAAUGGCCUUGGGCAGGUGGCAAGUCUCUCGAAGGCUCGCUCGCUUUCGCAGCUGCCGUCACGUUGGGCCUCGUCUUCGGCAAGAUAUGGCUCAUCAUUGGAUGGGGUGAUGCAAUGCAGAGGAGCCUCCUGGAGUGGGUGACUGAAGGAGUCAUUAUGGUGGCGAAGGCAGCCCUAUGUGCUGCGGGCGCGAGCUUGGAGGAGGCGGUGCUGACGGGCGGGAACGAUAAUGUGAUUGUACCGGUGGUGCUGUGGGUGUUUGUGAGAGGUGUCAGGCUUUAAUAUCGCGAUUCGAGGCGGGUCAGCCUCGUCU